GGCCAUGGCUUCUGCGCAUGGCCAUUUGGGCCACGCCCCUUUCCCAUCCCGUGAGGUUCCGCGCCGCAAGCGGAACUGGAGCAAGAUGGCGGCGGAGCGGCAGGUGGCCGGUGGCGGCGGCGUAGGAGGAGGAGGAGGAGGGGGUAGCACAAGCGGCGGCCGCGGAGGAAGUGGGGGCUCUGGCGGCAGUGGCGGUUCCGCAGCGGGCCUCGAGGAGAAUAAGGAGAAUGAAAAGCCGAAGUCGGGCGACCUUGGGGAUAGCCUGGGCCUGGAGAUUCUUCAGAUUGUUAAGGAAUCACAGCAGCAGCAUGGAUUACGGCACGGUGAUUUUCAGAGAUACAGGGGGUACUGCUCCCGCCGCUUAAGAAGGCUCAGAAAAACCCUCAACUUCAAGAUGGGAAAUAGGCAUAAGUUCACUGGGAAGAAAGUAACAGAAGAGCUGUUAUCUGACAACAGAUACUUGCUCUUGAUUCUCAUGGACGCUGAGAGAGCCUGGAGCUAUGCUAUGCAGCUUAAGCAGGAAGCAAACACUGAACCUCGCAAACGAUUUCACUUGUUGUCUCGACUGCGCAAAGCAGUAAAGCACGCAGAGGAGUUGGAGCGCCUGUGUGAAAGCAAUCGAGUGGAUGCCAAGACCAAGCUAGAAGCUCAGGCAUACACAGCUUACCUCACAGGUAUGCUCCGCUUUGAGCACCAAGAAUGGAAAGCAGCAAUGGAGGCUUUUAACAAGUGCAAAACCAUAUAUGAAAAGCUAGCUAGUGCUUUUACAGACGAGCAGGCAAUAUUGUAUAAUCAACGAGUGGAAGAGAUCUCUCCAAAUAUUCGUUAUUGUGCUUACAAUAUUGGUGACCAGUCUGCUAUUAAUGAGCUAAUGCAAAUGAGGCUGAGAUCUGGGGGCACUGAAGGGCUUCUUGCAGAGAAACUGGAGACAUUAAUCACUCAAACUCGAGCAAAGCAGGCAGCUACUAUGAGUGAAGUGGAAUGGAGAGGAAGGACUGUGCCAGUAAAGAUAGACAAAGUGAGGAUCUUUCUGCUUGGACUGGCAGACACUGAAGCAGCUAUUGCUCAAGCUGAAGAAGAAGAAACAAAGGAACGUUUGUUUGAGUCCUUACUGAGCGAGUGUCGAGAUGCCAUACAAGCUGUUCGUGAGGAGUUGAAACCAGAUCAGAAGCAGCGCGAUCACUCUUUGGAAGUGGAUUCUGGGAAAGUCACUAAUAUUCAAUAUUUGCACAGUUACCUGACUUACAUCAAGCUGUCUACGGCAAUCAAGCGCAAUGAGAGCAUGGCAAAGGCUUUGCAAAAGGCACUGCUGCAGCAGCAGCAGCCACCAGAGGAUGAUGGCAAGCGCACACCUCGGCCUCAGGACUUGAUACGCCUUUAUGACAUCAUCCUACAGAAUCUGGCAGAGUUGUCUCAACUUCCUGGCCUAGAAGAAGAUAAAAACUACCUGAAGGAGAUAGGAAUAAAGACACUGGUAUAUAAAGCAUACAGGUGUUUUUUCAUUGCACAGUCAUAUGUUCUGGUGAAAAAGUGGAGUGAAGCCCUUGUUUUAUAUGAUCGAGUUCUGAAAUAUGCCAGUGAGGUCCAGGCCCAGAUUGGAACUUAUAAAAACAACUUAAAGGAACUGCCUGAUGUUCAAGAACUGAUCACCCAGGUCAAUGCAGAGAAAUACUCCUUGCAAGCAGCUGCCAUAUUAGACGCAGGUGACAGCCAUGAAACUGAGUCCCCAUCCCAGGUCAAAGAUGGCAAACCACUUUCGGAACACUUUGAGAUUUUCUGUCUGGAUCCUUCUCUUGUGAGCAAGCAAGCCCGUCUGGUGCAUUUCCCUCCAGAAUUCCAGCCAAUACCAUGCAAGCCUUUGUUCUUUGAUCUGGCUCUCAACCAUGUCACUCUGCCGCCACUGGAAGACAAAGUGGAGCAGAAAACCAAGAGCGGUCUCACAGGAUACAUCAAGGGCAUCUUUGGAUUUCGGAGUUAACAGGGCCUUCUCUUCCUGUACUCGAGGAAAGCUCCAGCAGGUUCAGGCAUCAACUACUUUUGUUUAAAAUCUACAUGGAAGGUUUUAAUAGUUUCCCAGUAUUUUGUCUUUCUCUCUCUACACCUCAUUUAUUUGAAAUGUUUCACUCUGCAGAAUGUGGUCAGUCUCCAACAACAUCUUAAACUGAAGGAAAGACCUGGAGUCUCAGACUACUUCUCUUCAGUGGCUCAGGCAGGAAUACUAUCCACUUUGUAUGGGCUAGAUAUAUUCUUUAUUUCAUUUGAUGGCUGACAUUGUAAACUUAAUUUUUGAAAAGCUAGCUCAGUCCUCUGGACAGUACAGAGCAGAAGGAAACCAAAGGCACAAAUAGUUAUUUAGCCAGGCUUUGAUUGCCUAAGCAGACUGUGGGAAAACCCAGAUUUGAUCAGAUCUUUGUACUGCCUGCCAUGUUUGGCUUCUUAACAAUUUUGUAAAGUCUUUCUUUUUCUGUUGUGUUUUACUUUCAAAAACUUUAGAGCUCAGAAAUACUUGGAUUAAAGGUCAAGGUUGAUAGAUGGUGAUUGAAAUGUGUAAGGCUGCUUUACAGUCUAUAGUAUAUUCUUUUCUCCUUGAGACACUACUUUUCUUAACACAGGAAUAGUCCCCAGAGGGUGUCCCUGAGAACCUAAAAAGCCUUUGGAUUCACAGAGAAUAAGCUGCUUGCAGUUUACACUUUAAAAGGUUCACAUUUCCCCUCUUUGACGCAUCUGAAACUGGUAAAUUUAAGGGGGUGUUCUGUUGCUUAUUUAUGUCUUUCAUCCUUUCCAGCAUAUUACAUUAGGUUAGUUUGGCGAAGCCACAAAGAAUCAGUAGACAGAGCCACUGGAAUCUUAAGCAAUAAAGAUCUUAGCCAUGCAUUCAAGAGCACGUUUUAUGUGAGAAGGCAUUUAACUAUGUUGUGGAAAUCCAAGUAUCUUCAUGUCAAUAUCAUUUUUUAAAAAAAUGUAUAGGUACAAUUGUUCUAAAUAUUUGUGAACCUAAAUUGUACAUGGGACUUUUUCAUGAGCUAUAUUAAUAAAGGUUUAAUCUAGUUAAUUGAAAUAUUAGUUGGAUCAGGCAGUGCUUAGCUAUAUUUUACUAUUCAUAUUUUAUCACACUAUGCUCCAGUUCUGUUCUGUUUCUUCUUGGUAUUGUUGGAAACAGUGUUAAAACUGGAUUAUUUCAUAACAUUGGUGUAGCAGGGUGCAGAUAAUUGCUGUUCUGGGAUUCAGAAAAAUCUGGUUUAAUUAUAUCAAUUGAUUAUAUCAAUCUUCUUUGAGUAAAAUAAAUGGUGCCAGGUAUGUUUUAAAAGAUAGAUAGAUAUAUGAAAAGGCCUUUCUGAUCUCUUUGGGAGGCAAUUUUUUUAAAGAAAACUAUUGUGAAAGAAAAAUGGAGGAACAGAAUAUUUUUAAAUUUAUCACGUGAUAACAUUUCAAAUGGAUGUGAAGUAUGGUUAACAAAUAUUGAAGGCUGAAUGGAAACAAGAGAUCGGUGUCAAUAACUGUGGCCCAGUUUUCUUUCUGGCAUAUGCCCAUUAGUGUUUUGUUGAUUAUUCUUUCCUUCAGUCUCCACUCCUCUUCCUGCAUUGAAUCUGAAAACUGUUUUCCUCCUCAAGGUGCAACUCAAGCUUCCUUUCUCCCCAGGCCUGUAAGCAACUGGGCACAUUCCAUUCCCAUUGCUUUUGUCUUUGCUUACUAUCACAAAUUGUUAAAACUUUCUUUGUUGAACAUGCUGUGGCACAAAUCGUAUUAGUCAGACAGAAAAGAAAUAUGAAAACAAUAAAGACUUACUCCUGCCUUCUGA